ACCUGCCAGACUGAUGGGGGCCCAGUUCAUCUUUGACAUACUUGGCUUCAUUUUUCUGGACAUGGUUGGGAUCCCAGGGAAUGUGGUCAUCCUCUAUGCCUUCGUUCACACAUUAAUGUGCCACCGGAAAGUCACGCUCUCCGAAAUCAUCCUGAGCAAACUCGCCCUUUCCAACCUCCUGGUGAUCCUGAGCCAGGGGAUUCCCUUCACGCUCAAAACAUUUUGGACCCAGAAUGUGUUCAACAACCUGGGGUGCAAAAUUACCCUUUAUGUUUAUUGUGUAGGAAGAGCCAUGACCAUCUGUGUCACCUCCCUGCUGGGCUGUUUCCAGUGUCUCCUCAUCAUCCCCUUCCCUUGCAGGUGGCUGCACUGGAGAGAGAGCCUGAUGAAAAAUCUCUCUUCCAUCAUGAUUUCCCUGUGGUGCUUCAACCUCUUUGUGUGUAGCACCCGUCUGACUUACGCCUCUGCCCAGGGUGAUGAAAACUCCUCCACUCUUGGAAAUUACACCGAGCUUUACAACUUCUGCUAUGUGGUGUUCCCCAGCCGCUACUUUUACCUGGGAAGUAGGGUGGUGUUGGUCAUCAGGGACUUGUUCUUUCUUGGGGCAAUGACUGUUUCCAGCUGCUACCUUCUGUAUAUGUUUUAUCAGCAUGGGAAGCAAGCAAAACACCUACCAGGGCUGCACCUGAAGCAUGCAGAGAUCCAGGCAGCCAAAGCCGUGGUGGCCCUGUUAGUCCUGUAUCUUUUCAGCUUUGGGAUGGAUAGCAUCUUCUGGAUCUUUACCCUCUGUGUGUCCCCAGGCUCAAUGAGGCUUGUUGAUGCUCAAAUGUUCUUUGCUUCCUGCUACUCGGCCGUCGGCCCACUGGUGAUUAUCCUGACCAACAAGAAGGUGCAAACAGGCUUGAAGGCUACACCCAACAGGAGAGAGUUUCCAGUGGCAGAAAGUAUCUCAAAGCAUAUCCAUUGAGUAGAAAAAUGGGAAAACUAGCAGCUUUCAGUCCCAGGCCAGGUUCUGCUGUGUUUGACUAGUAUAGCCAUUGCUGUGUUCCCAAACCAUCUAGGACAUUAGCCCGUUAGACUCCAAAUAGCCCAGAGAAUAAUAAAGCAAGAAAGAAGAAAAGUAAAGUCUCUAUCAGCUUCCUGCUGGGCGUAGGGACAAGAAUCUGUAUGUGAUGGCACACCCCAGCAAUGACAGGGGAGGAACAAUGAUUUUUCCAUUCAAGGAGCUGCAUGUGAGAGAGCCUGAUUCAAUUCACCGUACUAUCAAAUCCAUCUGUGACCUUGUGAAGUCAGUCAGUCUCUCUGGACCUCAGUUUCCUGCCUGUAACAAAGG